AUGAAGAGGUUUAAGGUAUACAGGAGAGAGUGUUUGAUAGAAUCAGAAAAAUCUUCAUCAUCAACAAAGUCGUCAUUGAAUUUUGAAAAGCAUUCUGAAAACUUUUCAUGGACAGAAAAUCGUUAUGAUGUGAAUCGUCGGCGCCAUAACUCUUCAGAUGGCUUUGAUUCUGGUAUUGGGCGUCCUAACGGAGGUAACUUUGGAAGGAAAGAAAAAAAUGGAUGGCGUACGCAUGGAAGAAAUGGUACUGAAAACAUAAAUCAUCGAGGGGGAUACCAUGGUGGAAGUUCCCGUUCUCGUAGCAGUAUUUUCCAUUCUGGAAAAAGCCAAGGACUGCAUGAAAACAGCAUACCUGACAAUGAAACUGGGAGGAAAGAGGACAAGAGAGAACGCAAACAGUUUGAGGCUGAGGAUUUUCCAUCUUUAAAUCCUGAAUAUGAGAGAGAACCAAAUCAGAAUAAAUCUUUAGCUACAGGUGUAUGGGAAUAUCCUCCGAAUCCUAAAUCUAGAGCUCCAAGAAUGCUGGUCAUUAAGAAAGGUAAUACAAAAGACUUACAGCUGUCUGGAUUCCCAGUAGUAGGAAAUCUUCAGUCACAGCCAGUUAAGAAUGGGACUGGUCCAAGUGUUUAUAAAGGCUUAUUCCCUAAACCUGCUGCUCCACCUACAAAACCUGCACAAUGGAAAAGCCAGACUAAAGAAAAUAAAGUUGGGACUUCUUUCCCUCAUGAGUCUACAUAUGGUGUUGGCAACUUCAAUGCUUUCAAAUCAACUGCCAAGAAUUUUAGUUCAUCAGCAAAUUCAGUAAAAGAGUGUAACCGCUCAAAUUCCUCUUCACCUGUUGACAAACUUAAUCAGCAGCCUCGUCUAACCAAACUUACACGAAUGCGCACCGAUAAGAAGAGUGAAUUUUUGAAAGCAUUGAAAAGGGACAGAGUAGAAGAGGAACAAGAAGAUGAAAGUCAUGCUGGCUCAGAGAAGGAUGACGACUCAUUUAAUUUGCAUAACAGUAAUAGUACUCAUCAAGAGAGGGAUAUAAACCGAAACUUUGAUGAAAGUGAAAUUCCACAAGAGAAUGGCAAUGCUUCUGUGAUUUCCCAGCAGAUCAUUCGGUCUUCAACCUUUCCACAAACUGAUGUUCUUUCAAGUUCACUUGAGGCAGAACACAGGUUGUUAAAGGAGAUGAGCUGGCAGGAAGACAGUGAAAACGAUGAAACAUGUGCUCCCUUAACUGAGGAUGAAAUGAGAGAAUUCCAAGUUAUUAGUGAACAGUUACAGAAGAAUGGUCUGAGAAAAAAUGGUAUUUUGAAAAAUGGCCUGAUCUGUGACUUCAAAUUUGGACCCUGGAAAAACAGCACUUUCAAACCUACUAUUGAGAAUGAUGACACAGAGACAUGUAGCAGUGACACAUCAGAUGAUGAUGAUGUGUGAAGGAUUUCCUAACAGCUUUAGAAAAUUUAGUGUGAUACAUCUCUCAUACAGUUUGGGGGUGAAUUGUAAAAAUGAAGAACUAUAAUUUAUGUAGUAAAAUACCCCAUUAGAAGAUGAUUUUUUGGGGGGGACUUCAAUAUGAAGAAAACCAAGAAUGUUGUGUUGGGCUGUGUUGAACAUUAUUUCUUUGUAAAUGAAUGUUGUAGAAAUGAGGACUUUGGUUGAUCCAACAUUGACUUUCUUCAUCACUGCAGCAUUUCUCUGACUAGCAAUGUGACAAUGUAACAAAUGAGAUUUUCUCAUUUAAUAAUAAAAAUUGUGUAAUGUUU